AUGGCCAAUAGAACCGUUUACGAACAAGCCACCACCGGCUUCACCGGUGCUAAUUUACCCAUCACCCUUCCCCACAUUGCUAAUGAUAGGUCCUGGCAAAUCCCGUCCUACAUCAUGACGGCCAUCACUAACUCGUGCCAAUUCCACAACCGUGAUGAUGAGGAUACUCCCGCCUACAUCAACCAAAUCACCCGCCUUUGUAGCACCUUCUCUAUUGAGGGUGUUAAUCUAGAUGCCAGGUAUCUUCAGGCACUCGUAGAAAAGUUCUACAAUGGUCUCACCCCCGAGAUCAAAGCCCGUUUCGAUACUUCUGCUGGAGGGCAACUCAUGGGUAAAAAGACAGUUAAUGAGUGCAAUGAUUUGUUUAAGAGUUUCGCCCAUUCUGACAUGGACUAUAGCACUACCAGCCGGACUUCCACUCCUGUGACUACCUCCUCGGCCGCUCAAGGGGUAAACCAAGUUGGCUUGGAUUCAUCGGUAGCUGCUGCUCUAGAGAAGAUGGAGAAAUAUUUUAAACAAGAGUUAAAUGAGAUUAAGAAAAAGGUCGAUAGAUGUGAGGUAGAGUUUAUAGCCAGUCAGUCUAGGGGUCCGUUUAAUAAUAAUAAUUCUAAUUAUAACUCCAACUGGCGUGGUAGUGGCAAUAAUAGUGGCUUCCGCUCUUCCGGUAACCUUUCUGGUUUUCCAUCUGGUCAGUAUCAAAAUAGGGGGCCUGGUCUAUACACUAGUGGAGGUUCAGGUCAGGGAGGUCAGUUUAGUGGUUCAGGUUCAAGGGGUCAAUUUGCUAGUGGGGGGUCAAAUCAAGUGGGUCAAGGUAGUGGUAAGGGUUCGGAGGGUAGUCUAAGUAGGAUUGAGGAGAUGUUUGCUCAGUUGAUGCGACAGGUAGGUGGUUUAGCUAACCAGUUACAAGAGAACUCACCUGGUCAAUUUUCAGGAAAUACCUACCCGAACCCGAUUAACCAUUCAGCUAAGGCUAUUACUACCCGUAGUGGAAAGAGUUUAGGGGAGGUAGUUAGAGAGAGUGUUGAGAUAGAGGAUGAGGAAGAGGUAGACGAGGAGAUAGAGAUGGAAGCUCCCGGUAAGAUGCAACAUAGGCUAGACCCAGCAAGUACCGCACACACUCAGGAGCCUCAAGUAGAAAAGAGUGUUGAAAAACGUCCCAUAGGGGUUAGGCCUUCACCGUUAGUUAAUCAUUCACGUGUUCCUUACCCCGCCUGCCUUAAGCAUCAAAAAUAUGCUAAGGAAUAUGAGCAAUUUUUAGAAAUGUUCAAGCAACUAAAAAUCAACCUUCCUUUCAUCGAAGCCUUACAGUCCAUUCCUAAAUACGCCAAAUUCCUUAAGGACCUUCUCAAACGUAAGGAUAGGAAAGGUGAGCUUUCCAACAUUCCAUUGACUCGAGGUUGUUCCGCGGUGGUCUUGAAUAAGCUACCGGAGAAAUUAACCAACCCGGGUACAUUCACCAUUCCUUGCUUCUUCGGGGAUGGCGUUACCCCCGCCCAUUCCUUAGCCGACUUAGGUGCUAGCAUCAAUUUGAUGCCAUUUUCUCUUUAUGAGAAGCUAGGGUUAGGAGAGCUUACACCCACGCGUAUGUCAUAG